GGCUCAUUUGCGUUCAGUGGACGUGAAGAUUUUGCAGCAACUGCUUGCGGUCCACGAGGGCAUUGAGGCGGUGAAAUGGCUGAUGGAAGAGCGCAGCACGCUGACCAGCCACUGCAGCAGCCUGACCAGCAGUCAGUACAGCCUGGGCGAGGGCCCUGACACCUCCUGGAGAGGCUCCUGGAGCAGCCUGCAGGACCCCACCAAUGACAAACUAGACAACAUCUCCAUUGGUAGCUACCUGGACACGCUGGCUGAUGACCUGGACGAGUACUGCCCCUCGAGCUCAGAGUCGGUCAUCUGCACCACUACACCUCUAGCCUCAGAGGCGACAGCUGGGGGCCACUUAACAGGAGGAUCCAGGGUCCCAGGAUCUGUAACAGGACCUGGAGUGGGGUGUCGGUCUGGUAAUGAAACUGGGACAAAUGGCGAUGGAAGUCAGCCAGAGGCUAGAAGUGGACCUGGGAAUGGAGUGAGCAGUGUUGUCAACGGUGCUGCUAUUAGUGGAGCUGGGAAACCAGUGGUUUCUUCUCAACUAAGGUCUGACGGCUCCAAGCCAGAAGCUCCAGUUUGGACCAAGCCUGUAGAGACAGAAAGGGGAAACCCCGUUUUAAAGGACAGCAAGCAGACACCAGUGAGGAAGGCUAACGGUGUCCCGGAGAAACCGGCAACGCAAACAGGCAGCCCGGGUCGCAAAGGCCUCACGACGAAAACGGAAAACUGCCAAAGCCCCAAAGUUAAACCUUACAAAAACGGAACGAUUGACUUGGACACGGGCAAAAAGAACGGCAAAGUGCAUCUGGAGUACGACGCUCACUGGCACUGGGUGCAGUCCCAAGAAGAUGUGACUUUUUUGUAACUGCCGUGUGAAACUCACAGCGUGAGAAUUCCCUCAGUGAAAAAUGUUAACAMGUUUAACUCUUGUUCCCGGUCACGACUGCACCAACUUUCUACGAAACAUUGAUGUCAGAGUUAAGGUGGAUGCACGUUUUUCUCCACUUUUAGUCAGACAGGGCUGCCGAACACAAAUGUAGAAAAAUUACUUUAGUAUUUUAGUGCCAUGUUUUUAUUUUUUCCUCAGGGUAUUUUGGCAUGCCCCGGUUUUAUUUUAAAGGAGACAUAUCAUGCUUUUAAAUCCUUCUUUUUCACAUUUAAUUUAUUCAAGCUAAGCUUCUUUUUAUUUUAACCAUCUAUUUUAGGAACUUCAGUUCACUAAUGAUUAUGAUUCAAGUAAAUUGGAGUCAAAACUAUUUUGAAUGCUAUAGAAAGGAGUGAUUGUUGGUGGGAUCACUGUUAUUAGGGACUUCGAUAAAUGCGCUGCCCGAUCUCAGCAGUGCGUGGGUCAGGUUUUUGUGAAAUUUUUUUCGCUCGUUUUCAUGCUUACUCUCCACUUAGCAUUUCGAAAUCUAUCUUACGGUUUUAUAUAGUUUGUUUUCUGCUUUGGUUUGAAAAAUCGUUGCGAAAUUGUGACGCGCACUAUGUCUACGGAGCUCCUCACUUCUUUUAUUUAUAAUGGAAGUCAAUGGAGCUCUUGCUUCCUAAUUUUCAGCCUUUAAAGACCUCUAAAUCGUUAAUGGGUGGUCCGAUUUUAAAAAACUAAAUAGUUUUGGAAUCUGUACACAGAGCCUUGUGAGUACAAAAAGGAAAAACAGCUCUAAAAUAAGUUUGAAAUUUUUUUAUCAAAGUCCCUACUGUUAUUUUACACGCUCUAAGAGGAUAAUUUUGAGAGAGUUUGUUUCUCUACUAAAUUUCCAAGCUGGUUUUCCAGAGCAGGCGUGAUGGUCAGCAGUGCUCAAUCAUUCAUUCAAAAGGUGGCAUCAACUCAACCAAGAAAACCAUUAAACAACAACCAAAUAAAUCUUAAACAACUUGGACGUCUGUCUAGGCUUCACCGUUUCCAUUGAAGUACAACAAUUUAAAAGAUCGUGCAGACUGAUGGUGUUAGCAGGAAGGUUAGAGUGUGUCACCCCCACUAGUAACUAGUGUUAGUUUUUAUCUUAAGUUUCUGUUCAGAGCCUGCUAGGAAUGCGCGAUAUAAACGAUAUACGGUAGAAACGAUAUAAAUUUGUCCUAUGAUAGAGAUCUGUA